AUGCACACUAAUCAGAACCACGAAUCGCUGCUCAUUUUGACCGAGCUCACGUCGAUCUUCACCGAUGAGAAGGAUGCGCAACUCAUCUGUGCCAUCAAGGAAAAGGAGAGCCUCAUUCGGGCUCGACACGACGCGAAACAAGCGGAAAUGAAGAACACCAUCAAAGCGCUCACAUCCGAUGUGAGGAAGAUCGAGAUGAAGGCGCAACGAAAAGAAUCUAAAGAGCAGUUCAACGCUAAGAUUGCAGCCCUCGAGAAGGAGAAGGACCUCGUAACGACGAAUCUCGGCCAGUAUGAGCGAAACAUCAAGAAGAUGGACGAGGAAUUGAGCCGGUUGUCGCUCGUCGAGACGAACAUGCAGGCUAAGGCGAGCACCAUCAGUCGAGAAACAGGAGAUGAGGUGCCGCGGACGAAGCAUCUUUUGAGCCUUUACCGCAGCAUUUCCAACAUCCAAUGGCGCCACGAUUCGGAUUUCAUCGAAGGACAUGUCACACUUGUGGACGAUGUGCGGCCAUUCUCCUUCGAUCCGACCAAGCACCCCAAGGUCGUCGUGGCCGAUCAGCUCUGGGAUCUCCUGGCGUGA